CAGUUAAACAUGUGGACAGGACGUUCUGAUUGCUUUGUUGUUAUUUGAGAGUACGGUAAACGAUUCUGCAAGUGUGGCGUGUAGAGCAGUAAGUUAAGCUAAAAAGAUAGCAUAGAUGUUGUUCUGAUUGACUGUUCUGAUAGAGCAGGCAGGCUGCAGAGUAAUGUUAAUGUUAUGGAGGACUUAUCAAAGAUAUAUAGAACGAUAAAGAACUUGGAUGGCACUGCUCCUCAUAAUUUA